AUCCUGCCCUCUGUACCUUCAGUGUGCAACCACCAGUCUCCUGACCACCAAGAUCCACAAUGUCUGCCUGAGGCAUUCAAUAUAUUGACAUGUAUCGGGAGCUACCAACAUGCAAUCUUGCAGUUGACUAACCAUGGGAUCGAUUUGGUGUAUAACCCUGGAGUGAUGGUAAGCUAUUUGGGCUGUCUGGUAAGGCAUGGAAUCUGGGUUUAUGAAGGUGAUCACAUAGUAUGGGUGUGGUUCCUCUGGGAUAGUGUUCACAACUAUGCUCACACCCCUCAUCCAGAUUACACCAGAUAUAAUUCAGUUGACCUCGAUACACUGAAGUUGGCAAAAUAUAACCAGGCUGAUUUUGCCAUAUACAGCACCCUGUAG